AUGGAGGGGGAGAGGCGCGCUUACAGCAAGGAAGUCCACCAGCGCAUCAACAAGCAACUCGAGGAGAUCCAGCGCUUGGAGGGGUUGCGAGAUAAACUUAAGGUGCAGAUCAGCGUCGCCCAGAGCCAGGUCAAGCGGCUACGGGAUAAUGAGAGGCUGGAGAACAUGGGCCAGCUGCUCAAGUGCCGGCUCCAGGUACAGGCCGAGGUCAAGGAGCUACAGGAGCAGACCAGAGCCCUGGACAAGCAGAUCCAGGAGUGGGAGACCCGGAUCUUUGCCCAUAGUAAGGAUGUCAGGGCCCCAGGACUCAUCCUGGAUCAGAAAGUCAAGAUCCAGCAAAGGAUCAAGAUCCUAGAAGACCAGUUGGACAGGGUCACGCGUCGCUUUGACAUCCAGCUGGUGCGGAAUGCGGUGCUGAGGGAGGAACUGGAUCUCCUGCGCAUUGAGAGGAGCCGCUACCUGAACGUGGACCGCAAGCUGCAGAAGGAAAUCGAGCUUCUGCGACACAUGGUCAGUUCCCUAAUGGUCUCCUCGGCAGCCGCCUACACCAUCAGGGAGGAGGCAAAGAGCAAGAUAGGCUUGCUGCGGGAGAGGGCGGAGAAGGAGGUGGCCCAGAACGACUCGGAGGUGCAGACCCUGGAGCGGCAGAUCGCGCACCUGGAGCAGCUGCACCGCUUCCUCAAGCUCAAGAACAGCGAUCGGCUGCCGGACCCCGCGGUGGUCGAGAAGCGCGAGAAACGCUCCCGCGAGGUGGCCGAGGGCCUCCGGAAGACCUCCCAGGAGAAGCUGGUGAUGCGCUGUGAGGACGCCAUGAACAAACUGUCCCAGCUGACCGGGGAAAGCGACCCGGACCUACUGGUGGAGAAGUACCUGGAGAUGGAGGAGCGCAACUUCGCGGAGUUCACCUUCAUCAACGAGCAGAACUCGGAGCUGGAGCAUCUGCAGGAGGAGAUCAAGGAGAUGCAGGCGGCCUUGGCGAGCACGCGCGCCAGCGAGGAUGACGUGCGCGCGCAGCAAGAGCAGCAGCGGAGGGACUUGCAGCAGCGCGCGGACGAGGUGCACGCCGAGGCCGUCCGGGUCGAGGCCAGCUUCCAGGACCUUCGCGGGCAGCUGGAGAAGCUCAAGGCGGACAUCCAGCAGCUCUUCACCAGGGCCCAGUGUGACAACACCAUCAUCAAGGACCUCCUGGGGGUCAAGACCCACAUGCGAGACCGAGACAUUGGCCUCUUCCUGGGCCUCAUCGAGAAGCGGCUGGUCGAGCUCCUGUCCGUGCAGGCCUACCUAGAUUUUCAGAACGACAGCUCCCCGAGCUCGGUUAACACUGCCCUCCUGGUGCUGGGCCAGAGCCCUGAGGAUCUUCCAAAGAAGAUGGCCCCACCUCAGCUCCCUGAGAACCAGGAGGAUACUCCAGGCUUUGAGGCCAAAGAUGACGCUCCAAUGAGUGAGGAAGAGCUGCGGAGCCAAGUGACAAAGCUGCUCGAGGCUCGGGAGUUGGCUCGGGAGUUGGCUCGGGAGCAGCAGCUGAAGGAACUGGCUGAGGCCAUGAAGAAGGUCGAUAACACCCCGAGCGUCCCCAGCCUCUCCAGCACCCAGAGGGUCACCUCCGGCUCACCCUUGGUGAUCGCCAAGAGCCCCAGUAUCAUCCCCGGGUCCAUCCUGAGCCAGAGGACUAGUGGCAUCCUGGUGUCCAGUGGAGGCCAUGCCACCGGUUCCAAUGUCGGCCGUGUCACCUUUGGUGAUCCUGGCUCCAGCACAGGCCACGUGACCUUCGGUUCCAGCCGGGUCUCAACGGGGGGCCGUGUGACCUUCAGGACCCCCAGCUCUAGUAGCUACCUGGGGUCCACUGGCUACGUGGGGUCCAGCGGCGUCCACGAAACCCAUGCAGGUGCGGAGAGCAGAGGCAUGGGGUCAGAAUCGAGUGGAGGCCUCGGGUCCAGCAGAGGCCAAGUCUCGAGCCCUGGCCCCAUCUCCAGCACCGACAGGGGCUCCACCACCAGCAAAGACUAG